UAAGAUGAAGCGAAUUCCUUGUACUGUACCUCAUCAUUUCACUGCAAAAAUAUGGUUUCCGAAGCACAAAAGCCACACUUUGUCUUGUUUCCAUUGAUGGCCCAAGGCCACAUGAUCCCCAUGAUGGACAUCGCAAAGAUAUUGGUGCACCGCAAUGUUAUUGUGACUGUGGUCACAACGCCACAUAACGCAGCUCGUUUCACACCAAUCUUUGAUCGUUAUAUUGAGUCUGGCUUUCCUGUAAGAUUGGUUCAACUUCAAUUCCCAUGUGAAGAAGCUGGAGUACCAAAAGGAUGCGAGAAUCUCGAUAUGAUACCUUCACUUGCCACGGCCACAAGUUUCUUCAAAGCAGCAAACCUUCUACAACAACCAGUGGAAAAACUGUUUGAAGAGUUAACACCACCACCAAGCUGCAUCAUCUCUGAUAUGUGUUUGCCAUACACAAUCCACAUCGCCAAAAAAUUCAAUAUUCCCAGGAUUUCUUUUGGAGGAGUAGGUUGCUUUUAUCUUUUGUGUUUGCAUAAUAUACGCAUCCAUAAUGUUGGGGAGAACAUAACAUCUGAGUCCGAGAAAUUUGUUGUGCCUGGUAUCCCUGACAAAAUUGAGAUGACAAAAGCACAGGCUGGACAACCGAUGAAUGAAAGCUGGAAUCAGUUUGGUUAUGAUGUUAUGGCGGCUGAAAUGGGUACUUAUGGGGUAAUCACGAAUUCUUUUGAAGAGUUGGAGCCAGCAUAUGUAAGGGACUACAAGAAUAUCAGAGGCGAUAAAGUGUGGUGUAUAGGCCCUGUGUCACUCAUUAACAAGGAUCAUUUGGAUAAGGCUCAAAGAGGUAGGGCCUCAAUUGAUGUGUCCCAAUACUUAGAAUGGCUUGAUUGUCAGAAGCCAGGGACUGUAAUCUAUGCAUGUCUUGGAAGCCUAUGCAAUUUAACAACACCCCAAUUGAUAGAGCUUGGUUUAGCCUUGGAAGCAUCAGAAAGACCCUUCAUUUGGGUUAUCAGGGAAGGAGGUCAUUCAGAAGAAUUAGAAAAGUGGAUUAAGGAAUAUGGAUUUGAGGAAAGCACCAAUGCUAGAAGCCUUCUCAUUCGGGGUUGGGCUCCUCAAUUGUUAAUAUUAGCACACCCUGCUAUUGGAGGGUUCAUAACACACUGUGGUUGGAACUCUACAAUAGAAGCAAUAUGUGCUGGGGUGCCAAUGCUUACGUGGCCACUAUUUGCAGAUCAGUUUUUGAAUGAAAGUCUAGUGGUGCAUGUACUAAAAGUUGGAUUGAAGGUUGGGGUGGAAAUUCCACUUACAUGGGGUAAGGAAGUGGAAAUUGGUGUGCAAGUGAAGAAGAAAGAUGUUGAAAGGGCAAUAGCAAAGUUGAUGGAUGAGACAAGCGAAAGUGAAGAAAGAAGAAAAAGGGUGAGAGAGCUUGCUGAGAUGGCUAACAGAGCCGUAGAGAAAGGGGGUUCAUCAUAUUCUAAUGUGACCUUGCUUAUCCAGGAUAUCAUGCAAAAAACCUAGAGAGAUGUGUGAUAAUCUCAUUUGUCAUAAACCAAUUUGAAGUAAAAGGCAACUCAUUUGUCAUAAGUGUAGUAGAUUCGUGUGAAUGUUGGGGCAGAAGUUCCAAUGAAUUGGGGAGAGGAAGAGAAAACUGGUGUGUUGGUGAAGAAAGAGGACAUUAAGAGGGCAAUAUGCAUGCUGAUGGAUGAUGAUGGAGAAGAAAUCAAAGAGAGAAGAGAAAGGGCAACCAAACUCUGUGAGAUGGCAAAGAAAGCGGUUGAAAAAGGGGGCUCUUCUCAUCUUGAAAUGACUUGGCUUAUCCAAGACAUCAUGCAACAAUCAAGUAGCAAGGAGGAUAUAAAGUUGACACCCAAAGAGUCGCAAUUUACAUGUAGUGCAUGAUGUUGUUAAUGGUUAAUCUUGUAAAAGUUUUCUAAAUAUUUUGUUUCUUCUUAUGUAACUAUUUUUACUUAUUUGCGCGUGGGUAAUGUCAUGUUGAUUAAGUAUGUAUGGGUAUAGUCUGAUUUUGGGGGAAAUCGUACAUGUAAUGACAAUGGGAACAUAUCUUAUUUAUGAUACAAGUAUAGGCACAAUGUAUGGCAUGGCAUUUUUCUUUUAUAUAUUUCACAAAAUUAUGAAUGAAAUUGAUGGCUA